CACAAGACGAAAAAUUGCCUAUUCAAUUUAAGAGAACACAAUUUCCUAUUCGACUAUGUUUUGCUAUGACUAUAAAUAAAGCUCAAGGUCAGACACUAGAUUCCGUAGGAAUUUAUUUACGUGAACCUGUCUUUUCACACGGUCAACUUUAUGUUGCUUUAUCAAGAGCAAAAAGUUCAGACUGUGUAAAAAUAUUAAUCCGACCCGCAACAGUAGACGAUCCCGAUGAUCAUUCUACCUACAAUAUAGUAUAUAAUGAAAUUAUCCAUAAAGCAUUCUCUUAGGACUUUCAAAAAGCUACUAACUAUUGAUAUAACAUAUGUAAGUUAUUACUUGCAUUUACAUUUUUCAUCAACCUUACUUCCUUUAUCAUACUAUUCCAUUGUUUACCCCACUUUAAUUAUUUUUCAGGGGAUAUAAAAUGACACAGCGACUUGGUAUAUAUGCAAUCACUCCUGAAAUACCAGACUGGACCUGUAAAGUGCAAGUUGUGGAUAUAUGCAAACCAGGAGAAAGUUCUCACCGAAAGAUAAAAUAUUUGAACAUGAUCUUUCAAGAUGAACAGGAAGACCAAAUAAAAGCUAUUGUUUACGGUGAUGAUAUCUCCUCUUAUCAAGAUAUAUUCAAGCUGUUCCACACCUAUUUGAUAACGGGUGCGCGCAUACAAGUACCAAAUUUGAGAUAUGAAAGACCUUUGCAUACAUUUGAGUGGAUUAUUGACAAAAAAACCAUAGUUGAUCCAAUUGAAAAAGAUAGUCCAGAUGAGGAUGAAUUGCCACCACCCACAAAGCUGAAUCUUACAUCAUUUGAAGACAUCAACAACCAAGCCGCCCAAUCUACCAAAGAGCAGCUUAAGGACGUAGAAUUUAAUAUACUCGCAAUUGUUGUCCGCUGCUUCCCGCCAAGGUUUGUUCCAAAAGUCCAGAGAAGAUUGCAAGAAGUCAUUCUCAUCAACACUGACAAACAAGCUUUCACCUUCACACUAUGGGAAGAAACUAUUAUUGAGGACGAAGGCAGGAAACUCCUUGACCAAUUCCAAAAACGUCCUAUUAUCUUUGCCAGGCGUAUUGGGGUAUCCAAGUACAAUGGUACAUCGUUGACAACAAGAUUUAACACCACAGUACAAAUUGAUCCCCCUUAUUCUCAAUGCCUACAAUUGCACACAUGGGUCAUAGAAAACAGAGAAAUGCUUGCUUCUUUCAGUCUGAGGAGCACAUCUGAAUCUGGAUCUCUUAUCAGCGUUUCAGUAGAUGAACAAAUAGUCCCAAUUGCAAAUGUUCAAUCACAACAGGACGGGCAUUCCUUCUCCAUUGAGGCAAAAGUAUCACUUCCAAAUAAACUCAAAAGUUGUUAUGUUUUACUAUGUCCCAAAUGCAAACAAGAAGUGAGAAGUUUAAUAAAAAGAAAGUUUCUGUGUAUGACUUGUAAGCAACAAAAUAUGUUAAUUCCCAGGUGCAGAUUUGAUGUAAAUCUCCAUGAUGCCUCCGGAUCAAUAAUUGGGAUAAUUAUGGACAAAGAAGCAGAAAAAUUAUUAUCCCUUACCACAGAUGAGAUUUACGAUCUUGCUUCAAAUGAGGAUGAGUUGCUACCAAUGCAGAAUAUUCAAAGCAAGCUAAAUCAGAACUUUUACAUAAUUCAAGUGAAAAAAUCAUUCUCCCACAGUUCUCAAGCAACAUCUGGAAAAUUGUACAUUUUGUCUUGCACUGAAAAAGGAAAAAUGGUGCAUUCUCUCCCUGAAUCACCAAAAACUGACAUUGAAGAAGGCAACAAAAGGAAAAAGAAACAUUUAGUUUCCUUUGAUGAAGAAACAGAAGUACCAACCGAGCGACGUCACUCGCUCAAGCUGAAACAAAAACUGGAGCCAACAACUCCAGUAAAAAAGAAAUAAAGGAUAACGUUUUUUUGCAAUCACUUUUGCGUUUUGCGGAACAAAGUUCUUUUGUAGGGAAAAUCAAUUCUCUUUUGAAGCUUGCUUUUGACUUUUUGUCUUCCAACUAGAUGUUCGACCAACAUACACAUCCAUCAAACAAAGGGAUUUAGUCUGUCAAUUCGUCCUCUAUGAAAUUCCAAUGGUUGGUCUCAUAAGCGUAAUUGAAGGAGAAUCUUACCAUAGCUUAUAGAUGAGAGAAGAAAAAGAGCAGGUGAAGGAUCUCGAGUUCUCAUUUGUGCCCAUAGAGCAUCUUAUAAUAAACUACAUCCACUUGAUGUUGUGUGGAGAUCGUGACAGUUUCCUACCAAAGAUUGAGAUUUUCUUUGUGGAGGCUUUGUUGAUCAGUGAACUAUACACAUUGAGAGAGUUCAGGACUUCAAAAUCUCCAUUCAAAGCUUAAAUUAAUUCUCAUACUAGAAUAUUAGCGCUCUUAAGCAGAAGAUUGGAAUUGGGCGAGAAGUUUAGUGAGUCCUCUUUUCUGUAAGAUUUCUUUAGUCUGUUAUUUAUAAUUGCACAUCCUGCUUUCCACUCCUAUUACUAUGUGCAAAAAAUUUAACAGAAGUAGUAAUGGUAGAACAUCUAGGGAAUACUUAAUGAUCUCAGUGUGAAUUAACUUUCAAAUUCUGAAAUAUCUUAUGCUUUCUCUUCUCUUUUCCAGUUAACACCCAAAUGCAAUUUCUACAGCCAACUACAGCUGCUUGAAUCCAGAUUGUAGUCCCUUACACGAAGAUCAUCAACAAUUUCACAGUUUUUCUCUUUCUAACAAACUUGGCAAUGUAAUAGUAUAACUUUGUUCCGCACAAUAUGAAGCAUAUUAUCUUUAUAUAAAGCAUAUUUAACUUGA